GUCACCGUUCCUCAGGGCGCUUGUGUGAGGAGAAGGGGUCCCCGGUCAAUGCCCGGUACGCCAAAGAACGCUGCGAAAAGCGUUCGUGAACUCCGCCUUCGUUGUCUUCAAGUUCUGUUCCAAUUGUGCAUGCAUCCAUUUUGAGCCACAUUGAGCGCAAGAGAGAGAGCUAGGCUGAUAUGAAAGGCGCUCCUUGAACACCCAGCCGUGGUUUUUGAGCGUCAAGUCUGGUUCUCUGUGUAGGUUGAUGCCCCCCAUUGCAACUGGUUUCCUGAUAUGGCUCCUCUACCUCGGACCAUCAUCCUGCCUGUCAAUGAGUCUCCUGAGUGCAAUCACACAGUCAGCUGGGCCGCCAAGUACCUUCUGAGAAAGGAGGAUACGGUUGUGUUGCUCCAUUUUCGCCCCCAGAUAUCUGUGUUCGAUCACUUUGUCAAGGCAGACGGAUCGGGGACUGCAGUUGCAGAUGGAAAGACCGUCACUCCAGAUGUGAAGUUGCAUAUGGUGGAGGAUACAUACAAGUCGAUUGGGGAGGAUGUCUUGCACAAGGCAGGGCAGCCGAUCGCUGCAGAGGGCAUCGAGUACGAAACCAAGGUGAUUGAGUCGGGGCACAUACAGGAGGCCAUCUGUUCUGCGGCCAAAGAACUAGGGGCAACCAUGGUGGUCCUGGGGGGUCGGGAGAUGGGCAUCGUGCAGAGAGCGCUGCUUGGCAGCAUCAGUGACUAUGUGAUCCACCAUGCUCCUUGCCCGGUCCUCCUUGUAAAGAAGAACGAGACUGAGGAGACUGCGGCACUCGAAACUUCGAGCAGCAAGCAACACGAGAAGUGAGUACUGACUUGUAUAAUGAACAGCUAAUAUUUGAUAUUCGUAGACGCUGCACCAGCAGUUCGGCAGAAAGAUUACCGUCGAAGAAUUGAGUACGAUAAGGGUUGUUACGUACCAAUGGAGGUUUUGUACAGUAGGUACUUGAAGUGUCACAACUGGUAGCCAUUCUAGACCUUUGCAAGUAUUACGAGCGCCGCUUUGGUACGUACGGAAAAACCAUUUUGUAUUCUAUAGCUUCUGAAGAGACGAGUGGGCUACGGUAACGUGGACUGCUCUGAGAAUCCUGUGCCAUGCCUGAUGCUGCCCAGGUUUACUAACGGGUCCUUGUCACAUUCUAGCGUAGCCGGACGCCGAAUCAAGCGUCCCGAAACAUGUCUAGUCGUCCUGUUACUAGGUACCACACUCGAAUUUUGUCGCAAUCGAAUCAUGGUCUUCCCGCC